ACUUUACCAAGUUCUAACAAAACAUUGACAUAAAAGAGAAAAAGAGAGAAAGCUGCAAAGCCGUCUUCUGCUACCUGCAAGAUAAUGGUACACCGUUGAGAAAUGCAAUUUCGACCACGUUCCGUACUAUCGUGCAGGUGGAGCCUCGUCGUCGUGAUCUUGCUGCUCUGCGAUAUAUCGCGACAUGUGUCAUACGGCGAGGACACAACUAACCUAAAUACAAGCGGGAUCAUCACCGAGAACAAGACCACGUUUACUGUGACGAACGCUCCAGUCAUUCCGUAUGUCACAACAAACGUGAACGUACCACUUGAAAUAUCUAGCACAGCGCGACCUGCGAACAGUACAAGCUACAUUGUCAGUUACAAUGCUAGUUCAACCACUACGAAACCGCCACCACCACUAUCCGCAAGCACGGCGCAACCUGACAAUGUCGCAAGCGACCAGACGACCGAGAGUAGUGCCACACCACCAAGUCCCAUUAACGACAGAAACACAACGGAUAUCCCUGUGCCAUCGCAGAGUCCAGAUGCUGUUAAUUCAACCAAUGCCACCACGACCACAGCCGCUCCAGCAGAGCCGGUCCUGCCUGAUAAGGGCUCUGCUGAAGAGGAGCACAACAGCUCCAUGUCUAUAUUCUUUGUAUUGUGCGUCCUAGCGCUAGGCAUAUUGUUAAUACAUCUGAUGCUGCAGACUAAUUUCCAGUACCUUCCCGAGUCGGUGGUGAUCGUUUUUCUAGGCGCUGCGAUUGGCAUGAUCAUAAACCUCAUGUCACAUCAGAAUAUUGCAAACUGGAGGAAAGAAGAAGCCUUCUCGCCGACCGCAUUUUUCCUAGUCUUACUUCCACCCAUCAUCUUUGAAUCAGGAUAUAAUCUGCACAAGGGAAACUUCUUCCAAAAUAUCGGCAGUAUCAUGGUAUUUGCCAUCUUCGGAACAGCCAUCUCUGCAUUCGUCAUCGGCGCUGGAAUAUAUCUUCUGGGUUUGGCAAAAGUGGCAUACAAGCUUAGCUUCGUUGAGAGCUUCGCCUUUGGGUCGUUAAUAUCAGCGGUAGAUCCGGUCGCCACAGUUGCGAUCUUUCACGCUCUGGACGUUGAUCCAGUCCUGAACAUGUUAGUCUUUGGAGAAUCAAUUCUGAACGAUGCUAUUUCUAUCGUAUUGACCACCUCCGUCCUAGAGUCUAACAACGCGGCGACGACCAGCGAGGCUAUCAUACUUGGUCUGAAUCGAUUUUGCCUCAUGUUCUUUGCAUCUGCGGGUAUUGGCGUGGUAUUUGCUUUAAUAAGCGCGUUACUGUUGAAGCAUGUAGACCUCAGGAAAAAUCCAUCUUUGGAGUUUGGCAUAAUGUUAGUGUUUACGUACGCUCCAUAUGUUUUAGCAGAAGGCAUACAACUGUCAGGAAUUAUGGCGAUUCUAUUCAAUGGGAUAGUCAUGUCGCACUACACACAUUUCAAUUUGUCAACUGUUACGCAGAUUACAAUGCAGCAGACAAUGCGAACUUUAGCAUUCAUUGCCGAGACCUGCGUUUUUGCAUACUUGGGAUUAGCAUUGUUCAGCUUUAGACAUAGGUUUGAGCCAGCAUUGGUCGUUUGGUCUGUGAUCUUGUGCCUGAUUGGAAGAGCUGCCAAUAUUUUUCCAUUGGCCUUACUCGUUAAUCGUUUCCGCGAACAUCAAAUCACGAGGAAGAUGAUGUUCAUCAUGUGGUUUAGCGGCCUGCGCGGUGCUAUUUCGUACGCAUUGUCGCUCCAUUUAGAUUUCAGCGAUGAAACGCGCCACGUUAUUAUAACAACGACACUUAUCAUCGUAUUGUUCACGACUUUAAUAUUUGGUGGAUCCACUAUGCCUCUCUUGAAAUUCUUAAGGGCCGAAAAGAAGCAGAAAAAUAACAGUAGGCGGAAAAAAAAGGAUAAGGAAGUUACAUUGAGUAAAACGAGAGAAUGGGGGCAAACCAUUGAUUCUGAGCACUUAUCAGAACUUACGGAGGAGGAAAUGGAAGUAUCCUUCUUGCAAUCGCGAAUUCGUGGUUUCGCAAGAUGGGAUCUGAAAUUUUUCAUUCCGUUCUUCACGAGACGAUUCACACAGCAAGAGUUGAAGGACUGUAAAUCACAGAUGACAGAUUUGACGAAUCAAUGGUACCAAGCAAUCAGAAUCAGUCCAAUAGAAUCGGAUGACGAAGCGACUACGGCAUCAACCGCACAAUUGAAUUUGAAUAUCACUGGAACAGCUAAGGAACAACCGCGCGGGAAGGAGAAGAACGGACGUCCUAGACACGGAAAAACCCAAUGACGACGCGUGCCCCGAGUGACGUCUCCCGUUCCUCCGCAUCUCCCAGAUAUGUGACGCGGUCAGGUGGAUUAAUUAGCCAAUCAAGCGUUCUCUCCGGUCCUCUCGCGAGAGGAUUCGAUCAUCCAGCCGGUACAAAGGACAUAUUUUUAUCGAGCUAAUCUGGGAUAUUGUCUAGAAGAGAAGCACGACAACAACAUCGCCGUUUCUGCUUUCUCUGUCCCGUUGCUCCAGUCGUUUUUCUCGCGACGCAUCGUCCGGGUUCAAUUCGCUGUAACUUGCAUGUCCCGUUUUUGUCGGCUCGAUGAACUUCUAAAGAUGAUCGUCACGUAUCGCGGACGCCUACACGCGCCUCUAUCGAUAGUUUUACACCCUUAUUAAAACGUCCGUCGCGCAGCGGGACCUCGUGGACCUGCCGGCGAUCGCAAAUUGGCUAAGCAUGCAGAGUUUAAAUGGCUCUCUAUAACGCUACGAGACCAGUAUGACUAUGUACCAAUCAGUGAGAUAAUAAUAAUAUUAUCGUACGCCACACAAUUUCGCGUCUCCCUUUCUUUACCAUCUCCCUUUUUCGUCCUCGCUCUCGCGCGCGUACAAUCCAUUAUCUCCUCAGAUUCUAUCUGGUUCUGACAUAUAAUCGCUGUACAUUUUAAUGUCGUGACUCGUUCAGAAAGGUCUCUGCCAACCCCUCCGCGGUUUAAUCGCCAAAUGAUCGAUCGCCUAAAUAUGCGAACGCUCUUCUAAAAAUGUGCAAAACCCCGCACCGGGUUUACCCGCAAUAUUUACAGUAUCUCGCGCGCAUUGUGACUUACAUGUAAUAAAACUUGGUGUUUGAUAGCAAAGCAUUCUUCCAUCAAAAAAAAUGUCCAUUGCUCGCGUUCUCCCCAACAAUUCCAAUAUCUUAAGAUUACAAAGAGGAGACCGCACGAUAAAAUCCCUUCGACAAUGCGCACGUAACUUAUCGUCGACGUAAUUUUUCACUCCUCGAUCAAGGCCACAUUCCUCGCAUUCGCAUUUUAAUGUCGUGACACACUUCGUCGUCCUUUGAAGAUUGAAUAGAAGCGGAUUCCCGCAACGGUUUACAUUUCAGUAAUGAUUAUAAUUAAGGAACGACCAACGACUCGCACAAUGCAGUUCCGCUAUACGUUUAACGUCGUACAAGUUAUUGCGUAUUAUACGCAAUUAUCAUAUUCAGAACGAGGAGGCAAUCGGUAUCAUAUUUCGCGGCUCGGUCUGCACGAGAAAAGGAAUGUCGAAAGUUUAUCUGAGAAGCGCACGUGCGUGAGAUUACAACCGUAAUCUGUCAUGCGGGAAUUUAUUAUUUCUAAGCCGCGAUAUGAUAUCGACUGCUCCGAUUCCAAAGUAUAAUAUUAUAAUUUAAAUAUUGGUGUAUCGCGUCAGACCGACACUCGAGGAUCUUCUCGAGCGCGAUUAAUAUACCCGAUUGAACAUAUCUGUUUCGCUCGGAACAACGUUUAGAAUCUACCGAUUGGAACAUGAGUCCCUGGUGUGUGAAUUUCAAUAUAUUGGGUCCCUGUAUUUAUAUACCACUUCCUCCCCUUUCAUCCGACUGAUACCUCCAUAAUCAUUCCACGUCCACGAAUCUCUUACAUUUAUACAUAUUAUGCGCGAAAGAUCUCUCCAUCGCAAAGGGGGGGAAAAAAGAAAAGAAAUGGAGCGCUUUGCGACUACUUGUCUCUCAUUUCCUCUCCCUUUCUUUGCUAUCUACUUCGCACAAAUAAAAUUAUUCCGCUCGUGAGUCGGAAAAGAAGGUCAAUGGGGAUACCUCGUACAUCAAGGGCUAUACACAGUUCGCUCUAUAUUAUCAUUUAUUAAUUAAUUCCUUCUAACUAUAUCCUAACGCCAAGCAGCGAGUCACACCUAUGUAAGUUAU